UUUCCUCCCCCCCUUCACCGUCGCCCAGGUGCGGAGUCCGGCCCCAGAGCAAUGGCGUCCAACGCGGCCGAGAGGGAGAUUUUCCUCACAGACCUGCAGCAGGGAGAUGUGCGGAAUAUAAUGGUCUCUGAGAAUGUGACCAUUGGACAAAAAUUGGACUAUACAGACACAAUGGUACAGCAGAAGUUGGAUGAAGUAAAGGACCAAAUCAAACGGGAAAUAAGGAAGGAACUUAAAAUCAAGGAAGGAGCAGAAAACCUCAGGAAAGUCACUACAGAUAAAAAAAACUUGGCUUACGUAGACAACAUUUUGAAAAAAUCAAACAAGAAGCUAGAAGAAUUGCAUCAUAAAUUACAGGACUUAAACGCGCAUAUUGUUGUAACAGAACCUGAAGAUGUUACAGAUUGUCCCAGAACUCCAGAUACACCAAACAGUGAUCCUCGUUUUCCUACUAACAAUAGGCUGAUGGCCUUAAAAAAGCAGUUGGAUAUAGAAUUGAAAGUAAAACAGGGUGCUGAGAACAUGAUCCAUAUGUAUUCAAAUGGUCCAUCAAAGGAUAGAAAGCUGCUUGCGGCAGCUCAACAAUUGCUUCAGGACAGCAAGACAAAAAUUGAAGUUAUAAGGAUGCAGAUUCUUCAGGCGGUCCAGACAAAUGAAUUGGCUUUUGAUAAUGAAAAGCCUGUGAUAAGCCCUCUUGAGCUUCGAAUGGAAGAACUGCGGCAUCAUUUUAGGAUAGAAUACGCAGUAGCAGAAGGAGCAAAAAAUGUGAUGAAGUUGCUUGGAUCUGGGAAAGUUACUGACAGAAAAGCACUCUCAGAGGCUCAAGCAAGAUUUAAUGAAUCAAGUCAGAAGCUGGACCUCUUAAAGUAUUCAUUAGAACAAAGACUAAAUGAACUCCCUAAAAAUCAUCCCAAAAGCAGUAUUAUUAUAGAAGAGCUUUCGCUUGUUUCAUCACCAACACUAAGUCCACGGCAAAGCACAAUAUCUACACAGAAUCAGUACAGUACACUGUCCAAACCAGCAGCUUUGACAGGUACUUUGGAAGUUAGACUAAUGGGUUGCCAAGAUAUUCUGGAGAAUGUCCCUGGUCGAUCAAAAGCCACCUCCAUUACUCUGCCUGGAUGCAGCCCAAGUGAAGCCAGAUCAUCUUUCAUGAGUCGAACAAGCAAAAGUAAAAGUGCAAGUAGCCGAAAUCUGCUGAAAACAGAUGACUUGUCCAAUGAAAUCUGUGCUGUUUUGAAGUUGGACAAUACUGUGGUUGAUCAAACUAGCUGGAAGCCUAUUUCCAAUCAGUCAUGGGAUCAGAAAUUUACACUGGAACUUGACAGAUCACGAGAAUUAGAAAUUUCUGUGUAUUGGCGUGACUGGCGAUCUCUGUGUGCAGUGAAAUUUCUGAGGUUAGAAGACUUCUUAGACAACCAACGACAUGGCAUGUGUCUAUAUCUAGAACCCCAGGGUACUCUCUUUGCAGAGGUCACAUUUUUUAACCCAGUUAUUGAAAGAAGACCAAAACUUCAAAGACAAAAGAAAAUUUUCUCCAAGCAGCAAGGCAAAACAUUUCUCAGAGCUCCUCAAAUGAAUAUUAAUAUUGCUACUUGGGGGAGGCUGGUGAGAAGAGCUAUUCCUACAGUAAAUCAUACUGGUACCUUCAGUCCUCAAGCUUCAGUGCCUCCUACAGUGUCAGCAGUUGAUACCCAUCUUCCUGAAUUAGGAUCCCCGACUAGUGACUGUCCUGUAGCCAAAUUGGUAUUUGAACUUGAACCUGAAACCCCACGUACUCCACCCCGGGCUUCUUCUCUUGGAGAAAUAAGCGAACCUUCACCUGAGCCGAAAGCUCCAGCAACGCCCAGUCAGGAUACAGGAACAUUCGAUUUUGAGAAUGACAGAAACAAUUUUAUCCCGAAACUUCCACCAGAGAUUAUUUGCGAGACUCAGAUUUCAAACUCUGAUACAGAAUAUACGAAACGAGAGACUGAAGAUAGAAGGAUACAACAGAGAUUUCAGUUCAGUUUACAAGACUUUCGAUGUUGUGCUGUACUUGGUAGAGGACACUUUGGAAAGGUCCUGUUGGCUGAGUAUAAAAAUACAAAUGAAAUGUUUGCUAUUAAAGCCUUAAAGAAAGGAGAUAUUGUUGCUCGUGAUGAAGUAGACAGCCUCAUGUGUGAAAAGCGGAUUUUUGAAACUGUGAACAGUGUAAGGCAUCCCUUUCUGGUGAACCUUUUUGCCUGUUUCCAAACCAAAGAUCACGUCUGCUUUGUCAUGGAGUAUGCUGCUGGUGGGGAUCUGAUGAUGCAUAUACACACCGAUGUCUUUUCUGAACCAAGAGCAGUAUUUUAUGCUGCGUGCGUGGUUCUUGGACUGCAAUAUUUACAUGAGCACAAGAUAGUUUAUAGGGACUUAAAGCUAGACAACUUGUUGCUGGAUACAGAAGGCUUUGUGAAAAUAGCUGACUUUGGUCUUUGCAAAGAGGGAAUGGGAUUUGGUGACAGAACGAGUACUUUCUGUGGCACUCCAGAAUUUCUUGCUCCAGAAGUAUUGACAGAAACAUCUUAUACAAGAGCUGUAGACUGGUGGGGUCUCGGUGUUCUUAUCUAUGAAAUGCUGGUUGGUGAGUCUCCUUUCCCAGGAGAUGAUGAAGAAGAGGUUUUUGACAGUAUUGUAAAUGACGAAGUAAGAUACCCUCGUUUCCUUUCUACAGAAGCCAUUUCUAUCAUGAGACGGCUUCUGAGGAGAAAUCCAGAACGACGCCUUGGUGCUGGCGAGAAGGAUGCUGAAGAUGUCAAAAAGCAUCACUUUUUCCGGUUGAUCGACUGGAACGCAUUACUUGCCAAGAAGGUGAAGCCUCCUUUUGUUCCCGUCAUAAGAGGAAGAGAAGAUGUUAGCAAUUUUGAUGACGAAUUUACCUCAGAAGCACCUAUUCUCACUCCACCCCGGGAGCCUAGGAUACUUUCUGAAGACCAGCAAGACAUGUUCAGAGACUUUGACUACAUUGCAGACUGGUGUUAAUCCUUUAGACACUGUGAAAUCCUAGCCGAUAGGUUCAUCAGAAACAGCAUUCUCCCACUUCCCUCCCUUGUUGAGAACAGGACCAGUCUCUGGAUUGGGCUCUGUGCUGCCUGUAGCUUCUGAUUUUUAAAUCAUAUGAAGAUAUUUUUUUUGUAAAAGUACUGUUUUUAAUACACACGAGGUCUGGCCUCUUUGUUUUUGUAUAUAUAUAUAUAUUAAUCUUGAGCACUGGAAAGCAAUUUUUGUGCAGCUCCUUAAGCUGAAUUGGUGGGUACAGGCCCUGUCCCAUUCUCAUAUGGGCACACGCUUGUACUGUAUCUUUAUUUUUUCACAGCAGAAAACAUUGGAGAAAAAACAUGCCUUUAAGAAGUGGAACAGCAACCAGAAACUGAUCUAGACUGAUAACCAUCUGUCCAGGCCACGUUUUAAUGGAAGGAGGCAAAAGCUGUCAGUCCUUUACAAGUAAAAAAUGGUUAUAAAAUCCAAAAAUUUACAGGCCGAAAAACUGUUAAGCACACUAUUGACUUGACUUUAAAAAAUAAUGAGGAUUUACAAAUGAUGCCUUAUUUUGUAAGCUUGUUAUGGUAUUUAUUGGGGGAGUUGUUUAAAAGCCUUACUUACGUGAAACAAACAAUAUAAGUGCUUCCAUUUCUAAAACAAGGGGGAGUGGGUCAAAUCCUGAAACGUUUACCAAAGUCACAUGCCAAACAAAUUAUGCCUUUUAAUGUCUUUAAACACUGUUCAGAAACAACCAGCAGAUAAGAAGAAUGUAAAUAAUUUAGAAUGUCUCCCCGGUCCUAACUGGAUCUACUUUCAGUGUGUAUAUCCCCCACCCUUCCCCCACCCCCAAAGUACAAUCAUUGUUCUGUUCUUUAGAAGUCAUAACUGCUCCACAUUAUGUAAUACAUAAUACUGAUUUCCUAAAAUCUACUGCCUAGCCAUGUUGGUCAUCUUACAUUUGCUGAUUUAGUGUUACCAUAUCAUCUUUAAAGAACAAGGAUCCUUUGCGUAUACAUGUAAUAUACAUGUGCAUUUGGGAUUUCUGGUAUAUUUUUGUUUCAAGAUACAGGUGAACUGUGUACCACUUCCUUUAAGUUUUUGUCCAGUGGGCUCCGUGAAUGUAUUGUUGAAUUCAGAUUUAAUAGGGAAAUGUACUUUUAUACAUCUUUCAAGCCGCUGAAUUCCAUCAUUUUCAUUGGCAAUUAACUGAAAAUAAGGGUAAAAGCAAUAUGUUGCAAGAGAAUGUAUAAAUAUUUUUGAUAAAAACAUGUAUAUUUUAAGCCUCUUAACACAAUGCUGUACCUCAAAAGUUAAAAUGUCUUUGACCAGAUACUGUGUGCUCCGUACAGACCUAUGUAACUAUUGACAAAUACUCUGCUUAAGUUUGGCUGUGGAAAAUGACAUUCCACUUUCCCCAUCUUCUUGAAAUUGGUUCCUGCUAUCCGCCUCAUCCCCAGCUAGACUAGAAUGAAGAAUUUGUGUGAGGCAUAAAGUCACUCAUACUUACUGAUCGUACUGGAAUGUUUCUCCCUUAAAAUAAAUAGCAAUCACUUAAUUAACCAUGCUGACUUUGAAUGGAAAUAAUGAGACUCCAAUUCUUUUAUAGUCUAAGGUUCAUCCCUUCUCCCACUAAAAUAGCAUUUGGUUUGAUUUGGAUAUUUUCAGAGGCCCACAAAACUACAAAGUAUAACGGAAUCACUAGACUAAUGUACAUGUGUAAGUUUUCCCAAAAGGGACAAUGAAUAACAUAGUCACUCUUUUUUUUACAAAGUUAGGAAUAUUUGUAAACUGGUACUAAGAAAUAGUACCAUUUAGCUUGUUCUCAGGAUGUUAUUUCUUUUCGAGGACAAAUAGCCUUUUUUUUCUAAUGAGAGAAAAUACUACACACCUGAGGUACAGUCUGCUAGCCCCUUCCCCUUCCAAAUUUGUGCUAGAGACAGCUGGGUCCCAAACAGGUGCUUCGCAGGUAAAAGUCCUACAGAAAUAACCUCUUUUGUAAGUACAUCUUGUACAGAAAUGUUCAUAAUCUUAAGUGAAUCAUAAUCAAAAGCAUUAGAGGCAGGGUAUGUUCACACCAUUAAGCUGAAAAGAAAGCACUAAUUUUAUCUAGUUUUGAAACAUUUAGGCAAACUCAGAUUUUAAACUCUAGAUUGUAAAUAUAUUUUGCUAUACUUGUAUGUGGCUGCUGAAGCACUUUGUAAAGAAACUAGGAUAUUUUAGAAUGGUACACUAUGCAUUAAAAUGAAACGUGCCUUUAACAAUGUAAUACUACAAACUGUCUUGCAGUUAACUAUCAGAUUAAAAUUGAACUAGUGACAUUUGUAUAUGAAAACAUGAUUUUUGGAUUUGAAUUCUAUACUCUUGUGGUUUUGAUCUUUCUUUCGAUAAAAAUGAUGUAUGUAGAA